ACUUUUCCAAAGGGCAUACUGAAUAACGACCAAGCUAUCCUCCAAGAUGGGCUGCAUUCAAAGCUUCAGGGAGUUUUGUGACCGCACCAAAAAUACAAAUAUCCGUUUAAGUCUUCCAGCAGUGUGCAUCGUGUGGCAAACAGCCAUGAUCAUCUUGUUUGGAGUUUUUAUCCGUUAUAACGAGGAGGCGGAUCCACACUGGGUAGACUACAAGAAAGUCCAUAAUAUAUCCAGUGACAUUGACAAUGACUUCUACUUCAGAUAUCCAAGUUUCCAGGAUGUCCAUGUGAUGAUCUUUGUAGGAUUUGGCUUCCUGAUGACUUUUCUCAAGCGCUACAGCUUCGGUGCUGUGGGUUUCAACUUCCUCAUCGCAGCUUUUGGCAUCCAAUGGGCGCUGCUCAUGCAGGGCUGGUUCCACUCCCUGGACUGGACCGAUGGAAAGAUCAAAAUAGGAAUCGAGAGCUUAAUUAAUGCAGAUUUCUGUGUGGCGGGCUGCUUAAUUGCUUAUGGAGCCGUGCUGGGUAAAGUCAGUCCAGUUCAGCUGAUGGUAUUGACUCUGUUUGGCGUCACGUUGUUUGCCGUGGAGGAAUAUAUCAUCCUCAGUGUCAUACAUGCCCGUGAUGCAGGAGGCUCCAUGGUGAUCCACACAUUCGGGGCUUAUUACGGCCUUGCCAUCUCGUGGAUGCUCUAUCGACCAAACUUAGACCAGAGCAGUCGUCUGCAGGGCUCGGUCUACCACUCAGAUGUCUUCGCUAUGAUUGGAACUAUCUUUCUGUGGAUGUUCUGGCCCAGUUUCAAUUCAGCCAUCACUGACCAUGGGGAUGGGCAGCACCGGACCGCCAUUAACACCUACCUGGCCUUGGCAGCAACAGUGCUCACCACUGUCGCCAUCUCAAGCCUCUUUGAGAAGCAUGGCAAACUGGACAUGGUUCACAUCCAGAACUCCACUCUGGCUGGAGGUGUGGCAGUUGGAACUGCAGCAGAGUUCAUGCUGAUGCCUUACGGCUCUCUAAUAGUUGGCUUCUGCUGUGGUGUCAUCUCCACGCUGGGAUAUAUCUUCCUCACGCCCUUCAUGGAGAAGCACCUGAAGAUCCAGGACACGUGUGGAGUCCACAACCUUCACGCCAUGCCUGGUCUUAUCGGUGGCAUUGUGGGAGCCAUUACUGCUGCAGCCGCGUCCGAGUCUGUUUAUGGGAAAGAAGGACUGAAAAACACCUUUGACUUUGAUGGUGACUUUGAAGACAUGACACCGACGAGGCAGGGGGGUCACCAGGCUGCGGGCAUCUGUGUGGCCGUCUGCUUUGGUGUAGGUGGAGGCAUCAUGGUUGGUUUUAUUUUAAGGUUACCUAUCUGGGGCGAUCCAGCUGAUGACAACUGCUUUGACGAUGAAGUCUACUGGGAGGUGCCUGAUGAUGAGGAAAGUGUUCCACCAGUACUGCAGUACAACAACCACAUGUUGAACAAAGAUGUGACAGAGUCAAAUUUCACAAUGGAGCAGAACUGACCCAGCAUCAUCUGGAACUUGGAGGGUUGCUGUCCUCUGCUGGUAUCCUUUUAUUCUCCUCCUAAACAGAUUUCAUUCGAUCAUGUUUCCCACCUCUACAAAUAUUUAUUGUCCAGCCAAAGAGUUUCUUUUUUUGAGGAUUUUUUUUCCCAUAUUUGCCGAAUAAAAUGCAUGUGUGUACGAAAAUCAACAUGGACUACUUUAUUCCUUAAGGCAGGGGUCGGCAACCCAAAACGUUGAAAGAUCCAUAUUGGACCAAAAAUACAAAAAACGGAUCUGUCUGGAGCCGCAAAAAAUGAAAAGCUCUAUAUAAGUGUUAUAAUGAAGGCAACACAUGACGUAAGUGUCUAUAUUAGCUAUAAUAGCCUACAAUCAAAAUGACUAUGUGUCGCAGGCUGAAGCAUAUCUUUGUUGACAGAAAUGUUGAAAUGUAUUAUUAAUUCAACACAUUUUUACAACAUUAGAAACCAUUAGUAAAUCAGAGGCUACUCAGAAGGUGAGAUAACUCCUGGAAAUUACUGGCUUUUAAUGGCCAAAGGUAUAGAUCUCUGUGUCCAAGUUAAGGCUGUCUUCUUUUGUUAGAUUUAUUACAUUCUUUGGCACGGUAGGUAAUGUUUGCUGUGGUCUGGAACAACAUGGCACACAAACAAAUAUCAGAAAUGUAGCCAAUAUUACAUACAGAUAAUGUGUCAUGAUACAUGCAAAACUAAAUUAUAUACAAAGAGGAUAAAAGUAAAGGAAAUUAAAGGUGCUCAAAUAUACCUACAGAUGAGGCAUAAUGAUGCAAUAUGUAGAUACAGCUAGCCUAAGGAGCAUGUUAGCAUUGGUUAUCUUGCAGUCAUGCACUGACCAAAUAUGCCUGAUUAGCACUCCAACAAGUCAAUAACAUCAACAAAGCUCACCUUUGUGCAUUCAUGCACAGUAUAAAACAUUUGGUGGACAAAAUGAGACAAAGAAGGAGUGGAGGAUUUUACAUGUAAACUAACUGUUGCAUCACAGUCCACACUGGGUGAGUUCAAGAACCGCCAAAAUUAGUAGGACAAAACGAUGUUCACCAAAUACUCUCAUUAGUGAAGUAUACACACAAACAUAUUAAACAGUGGGCUUUUCAACCAUUGGGAAGGUUUGUGUCAUGUUUGUCCUCAAACAAAAAACAUACUAAAACAAAAAAAAUAUUUUUCCCCCCAUCUUUUUACAUUUUCAAUCCUUUUUUAAAAAUGCUCCAGGGAGCCACUGGGGCGGCACUAAAGAGCUGCAUGCGGCUUGAGAGCCGCGGGUUGCUGACCCCCGCCUUAAGGCAUUGAUGGAUGCAUGAUUG